CCGUACCCGCCUCUCUGCACGUCACUUGCAUCUCGCAGCUACCCUGUUCCCCCGACCAGAUCAGCCCGACGAACCACCUCUACCUUUCACGGGAUGUUGAGCGCUGACAUCACUUGACGUGCUCGUCUCCGCCGCGUGCACCACCCUCCCCGGACCACGCUGCGCGGUGCCCGAGUGCCCGUGCGCGUGCACCCUGCCGACGGCUCGAGUCGACUCGCGACACCUCACCUCUCACGUGCCUGCAGCCAUGCAGGACGUCACAACGUCAGCCCCAGCAGCCAUGGGGCAUGCGCCUUCCCUCUCUCCAACCCUACACGCUGCGAAGCCGAGCAUCGAGCCUGUGGGCAAACCAGCCAACGCCCUAACGCCACCCACAAGCGAGGAGCUGAACAACCCCGAACCGGGGAAAGAGUUGGAUGAAUCCGACUUGAGUGAACUUGACCUGAGCGAUGACGACGAUGGGGAGGAAAUUGAGCCCGAUCAUUACUGGGACGAUGGCAAGAUCCCCGUCUUCAAACCCACCAUGGAUCAGUUCCGCAGUUUCAAGAAGUUCAUCGAGAAGAUUGACAAGUAUGGAAUGAAGUCGGGCAUUGUCAAGGUCAUCCCGCCUCCAGAAUGGCGCCAGGACCUCCCCAAGCUGGACGAAUACGUGAAGCGCAUCAAGAUCAAAAACCCCAUCACUCAAGAAUUCAAUGGCACUCAGGGCAUAUACACCCAGCAGAAUGUGGAGAAGCAGAGAUCAUACAACCUCCCCGAAUGGAAGGCUCUCACCCAAGAGUCGCAGUAUCAGCAUCCAGCGAGACGAGGAGAGCGGAGAAGGAACCAGGCGCAAGUUGUGCGAGGUGGUGGUAGUGUGCGAGCCCGGCAAAGCACGGCUGCUGCUCCCGACUCGGAAGAUGGUGCCACGCCGAAACGCAAGCCCGGACGUCCCAAGCGCAACACCGGUCCGGCUCCAGAACCCGACUCUGAGGGCGAAGCGAAAGGGAGGAGAAGCAGUAGCCGAGCACAAGCUACACCUGCACCUUCAACUCCCACCGUGAAACCAGCCGAGAAGAAGCCGAAGGGAAAGCCUGGGCGUCCUGCAGGCUCCAAGAAUGGAACGGGCGCUGGCCAGACGAAAUCAGUCACUUCAAGACGAUUGAACAACACCGCCGAAGCGGCCGAAUACAUCGACGAGAAAGCUUUCCACGAUUUCGAGUAUGGCCUUGACGACUUGGACGAAUUCACGCCUGAGCGUUGCGCAGAGCUCGAGACGCACUACUGGAAAAGCUUGGGCUUCAACCAACCCAUGUACGCAGCCGACAUGCCGGGCUCACUUUUCGAUGACUCCGUCACCAGCUGGAACGUGGCCAAGCUGGAGAACCUUCUCGAUGUGCUCGGUACGAAAGUGCCUGGCGUCAACACUGCAUACCUAUACAUGGGCAUGUGGAAGGCAACGUUCGCCUGGCAUCUCGAGGACGUGGAUCUCUACAGUAUCAAUUACAUUCACUUUGGCGCCCCGAAACAGUGGUACAGCAUCUCCCAAGAGGACGCUCGGAAGUUCGAGAAGGCCAUGAAGGCUGUCUGGCCAGUGGAUGCAAAGAACUGUGACCAAUUCCUCCGCCACAAAACCUACUUGAUCUCGCCGGAUGUGUUGCAAAAGCAGUAUGGCGUCAAAGUCAACAAGCUUGUCCACUACGAAGGCGAGUUCGUCAUCACCUUUCCCUACGGGUAUCACUCCGGAUACAACGUCGGAUACAACUGCGCCGAGUCUGUCAACUUUGCAACCGAGUCAUGGCUGGAGUACGGACGGAUCGCUCGCAAGUGCAACUGCGAAAGCGACAACGUGUGGGUCGAUGUUUUUGAGAUCGAGCGCAAGUUGCGCGGCGAGCCAACGCCAGAGUAUAUCGAAGAGACGGAUGACGAUUCUGACCUUGAUGGCGAAGACGGCAACCUUCCAACCCCACCAGCUAGUGUCAAGGGCAAACCGUCAAAGAAGCGCAAGCGUGGCAAGCAGGAAGAACCGAAAAAGAAGAAGAAGAUCCGGAUCAGAGUCCGCAUUCCAACACGGGAACCAUGCGUCAUGUGUCCGAACGACAAUCCUUGGGAGCCUCUCAUCUCCACCGACAAUGGCAAAAAGGUUCAUCGGUCUUGCGCUUUGUUCACUCCGGAGACCUGGAUCGUCAAGGACGACAAUACUGGCGCAGAGAUGGUGUGCGGCGUCACGACUAUCGAUCGUGCUCGCUUGGACCUGAAGUGCAAUUACUGCCGUUCCAAACGAGGCGCAUGCUUCCAGUGCUCUUCGCGCAAAUGUACGCGUGCAUUCCAUGCAACCUGUGCUUUGGCUGCCGGAGUGCAAAUCGACGCUGGAAUGGUGCCAACCUUCGGUGAAGAUGGAACCGAGUACUUCGAAGAAGGCUACGAUUUUAGGUGCAAGUUCCACCGACCGAAGCAGGCCAAGAACUUGACGACAGAGAUGCUGGAGAGUGGCGCUCCCAGCAAGAGGAUCGCAGCGUAUGGAAAGGAGGUGAAAGUCAACGAUGUUGUGCAAGCGCAGAUGGUCGGUGGGGACGUGUUUGCAGGUCUCGUGAUUGAGAAUCGCGUCGGCGAGAUGAGUUUGCUGGUGGAUGUCUUGCCCGAUGGAGAUCGACUCGAGGUGGAGUACAAGUAUCUAUUGGUACUGGAUCCAGAAGACUCGCAACGACCCAAACCCUCUGCAAGCGCUCUGCCUAUGCCAGAGGGGAUGAACAAGAAGGCCGUCUCCAUCAACAAUCGUCAGGACGGUGUACCGAUCCAAGACGAACCCUUCCACAACAAUCCCGACUACAAAUGGCACGACUUCUACAACCACCACACACCGCCUCCGGGCUACCUCAAUGUGCAAUUCCAGGCGCCAAUGAAGUUGGAAGUGAACAUCGACAAACCGGAUCAACUCUACUUCUACCUUGGAGAGGCGUCCACGGAGGCAAAGUGCUUCUUCUCUGACAAACCUGGCAGCAAGGAGAUUGUUGCCAAGGCGAACUUUAUGGACCGCAUGCAACCAAAGGCUCCAUCCCAGCCCUUCCGACCAAGCGGAUAUGGUCAGUUGCCCAAAUUGACGCCCAAAAGCGCUGCCGCCCCUCAACCGAUCCGAUCCCACAAGCCAUAUAUCUACAAACCCCGAACGCCUCUGGAGCCGCGUGGAUUCAUGUACCAGGUCGAUCGCCAGGCUCUUGCGAACCAGCGCAGUUUCCUUGCAGAAAGUGUGCCCGCCCGCGGCUCUGCACCGUCCUCUCUUCAGCAAAUGACGAACGCCUUCCAGCUCCCACGGUAUGGUUUCGAAGGUGCUGGUGCUGGAUCGCCACCUGGAAGUUCAUCCGGCCCACUCCGAGCCUUUCCCACCGAGCAAUACUACUCCAUGAAGAUGCUGCCUGCAGCCUAUCCUGGCCAGCAUUCGGGCUUCACCCAGGCCGCUCGCCGAGAGUCGCAAGGUGCGCAAACGAUGACGAAGCCUGAUCUUGGCUACACCCCGAACUAUCAAUCCAUCAGAGAACAGCAGGCGCAGAUGAAGCAAAGCCAAGCUGGGGCAUCGAUGACGAAUGGGGCGAGUGCAUCUGGCUUGGCCAUGCCACCAAACCCUUACGAACAUCACGGAAGUCGACCAUCGUCAUCUUUAGACUCCUCGUAUCAAUCGCCCUACGCAACGCCGUUGAUGCCGGGCACUACACAGGCGCGUUCAUCGACAACGAAAGAAGGUCCGCCAACCGAUGAAGAGUAUCUCGCGAAUCUCCGGCGGUACCCCUACCUGCUCAAGAGUUAUUGCAGGAAGCCAAAGGUCUAUGAGUCGCCAUAUCCACUUGGCGGCGGCUUUAAUAGUGCCUACCUCUCCUCCCAUUCCCAUGAAAGGAACACAGAGCCACCAAAGUCCAGCCACGUACACACCCCACAUGGUUCCAUCGGCUCUUUGGCAGAAGCAGAGAAGUUGAGCGGACAACAGUGGACACCGCCUUCGCAAGUAUGGGAUCGCGUGGGCCUAGCGAAGAACCCAACUCCGCCGCUAGGCACACACCAAAACAUGCCUCCCCAGCACCAGCAGCCUCGCUAUCCGCAACCCACGUAUUCAACUGCGCAAGAAUUCCAGCGCCAGAUUCAAGUCAUGCCCAGCACCGCUAGUCGCGACGGCGCGCAAGCCCGCAUGCUCCGCGACCAGGGCUAUGUGCCUCACCAGCAGCAACAGCAGCAGCAACCGCAGCCGCCUGCCCAUUGGUACGGCCCGCAUCACCACCAGCAGCAGCUUCAGCACCAACAGCGUAGCAACUCUUUCGGACACCAGGGGUACGAUACUGCGCGCAUGGAGCAGUAUGGUCCUCAGGGAAGCCCCAAGGCUCCGACGCCUAGUCCGCUGUCGGAGAACCCUACGCCUGGACAGACGCCGGGAGGUGCGAGGUCAUGGGAGCCGUUGCCGAGGAUGGAGAUGUUUCCUAACGCGCCGCGGGCAUCGGCGGAUGGUUAUGAAUCGCCGGCGAUGUGAGUGGUGGGGUUUGACGGUGUGUGAGACGAAUCAUGAGUUGAGAGAUUCUGUGGCUGAAGGAAGAGGCUUUUGGAGUGCAGCGAGCAACGAUUAUGAUGGGAGGAAGCGUUCCAACGUUGCUAACGUUUGCUGACGAAGGAGGGAGGUAUCUUGGUGCGGUGGUUACGCUUCAUGCUGAAUAUAUGUGACUAUACCACUCACUCAAGCAGGUAGCAGGAACAACGUUCUACACAAACCGUUCUG